UAUCGAUUUUCUUUUACAACCAAAACAACAACACAAAUUUCUGAAUCCACAAAAAGUUUUCUCUGAAAUUUUGCGAUAAAAUCUGUUUAAAACUGUAGAUUUCUGUUGUCAAAGUGUUCCAUUAGUGAGUUUUUACAGUGAUACAGUGAGUGAUGUAAAGAGUGUCGGUGAAUUCCAUCGGAAACAGUGAAUUAAAGCUUGUUAUGCAUUCAGUAGGAGAUAACGGGUUCCGAAGAUUUUUGUUUACGUUGCGAUUCCGUCUCGAUUGACAAACUAUUCCAAUAAUUUAUGAUAGAAACAAUCGCUGUUUGUGAGAUAGAUAUUCCGGUGUCCCUGCAUGGGCGAUAGUUGACAAUCAGUGCCGGAAAUCGUUUCAGAACUGGAAAACCGCAAACAGUCACAGUGGCUUCCGCUUCCGACGAGACGAUCUUGCAAGUGGUCUCCCUACAGAAUGGCCACACGGCGACGGCAGCCGUUCUGGAUAUGGACUUUUGCCGACUCUGCCUAGGAGGAGACGGAACACAGCUGAUCAGCGUAUUUAGUGAGGAAUUUAACGAACCGGGGAAGGAAUCGUUGAGCGGAAAAAUCCAUCGAUUCUUUGAAGUUCAGAUUAGUGAAAGCGACGUACUUCCAACGCACAUUUGCCAGCAGUGUCUGCUGCAGACCGAGAGUUGUGCGGAGUUCCGAGAGAACUGCAUCCGGAACGACGAGAAGCUGAGACAACUGGUAUUUGUUCAGGAAAGUGUCAUGGAGCCGGAAAUGCCAAUGCCGAUGGCCGAACCAUCGAGAAUUUUCAAGAAGGAAGAAUUGAUGAUCGAAGAUGAUUACAUUGACGACGAGAAGGACAAUGAGGAGGAAGAUUCGGCGGAGACCAUAGUUGUUGAUCCGACGAAAGACUACGAGAGUUCAAAUCAAAGUCUGCAAGAACUGUUCUCAGAUGACGAGGAUAAUGAUGAUGGAGGAGCACAAGAUGACACUAAUGAUGAGAGCUUGAAAGUGACUACAAAUAAUGAUUCUUCGGAAGACAUGGACGACAGCAAGCUGAAGAAGCUGGUUCACAUGUGCAAAUAUUGCGACGUUGCAUUCGCCAUGUCCAACGCCUGUUAUGUCCACGAAACGCAGGAUCACGAUCUUGCGGCCCCAUACGCUUGCCAGUUUUGUGAGUUCAAGACCGAAAUUCGGUUACUUCUGAUAACGCACAUCCGGGACGUUCACGGUAUUGAUCGUCCCUACAUCUGCAUACAGUGCAAUAAAGGAUUCCACAGGAGGUCAGAUCUCAAGAAGCACACGUUUGUCCACAGUGGAGUGCGGCCGUUUGCUUGUCACGUCUGCGGGAAGAGCUUCUCGAGGAAUACGAACCUGACGAAGCAUCUCAGAAUCCACUCUGGGUUCAAGCCGCACAUUUGUAACGUUUGUCCGAGAUCUUUCGCCAACAAAGCCGAUUUGGUACGUCAUCAGAACAUACAUUUGUCCCUGGGAAAGCAGUUUCCCUGCAGCAAGUGCAAUAACACCUACGCCCGAAAAGACAAGCUGCUCAGUCACGAACGGAUCUGUUUGGCCAAGCGUCUACAGGAGCAAUAUCAAUCGCAGCGAAUGAUGACUCACGUGAUUGCGUCCGUCCCACACGGAUCGGUUGGUCAAGCCGAGUUUGAUGGGGAAAGUAUGGUCAUCGCUUUGGAUCCAUAUCAGGAAAUUGAGCAAACCCCAACGGAAGAUGAUCCGGGAAUUCCGAACGCUGCACCGGUGUCUGCUAUUUCCAAUUUCUCAAACGUCCUUCCCCUCUCUAGUGACUUCCAAGCGAAUCCCUCUGUUCUCCAAACGAAGCUUUUCGCGUGUCAGAAAUGUCCGAAGAAAUUCCUCACGAAGAACACGCUUCACACCCACCAAUUGACCCAUUCAGACGUUCGGAACUUUCGUUGUCACACGUGCGAGAAGAAGUUCAUCCGUAAGCGAGAACUGGAUCGCCACCUAACGGCAGUCCACAGCAAUCACAAGCCGUUCGAGUGCAAACUGUGCUCGAAGCGGUUUUCCCGUAAAGACAAGCUUUUGCGGCACGAAAGGGUCCACCGGGACAAGUACUACUCGUGCGGUAAUUGCGACGCCAAGUUUCUGCGCAAAGAAGCACUGAGUCUCCAUUUGAAGAUACACUGUACGGCAUCGGAACGGGACGAUGCGUCGGAAAUGAUUAUCAUGAUUGAUCAAGCGCAACACUCCGGCCAGCUGAUGGUUCCGGGGGAUAUGACGUAUACGAGCGACGAUGCGGGAAUGGGGGCACUGGCCUCGUCGGCCACUUUUUUGUAGGAGGUUGAGUAGGAGCGUCUAUGUAAUGUCUAGGGGUAGUACUCGGAGGACUGGUUCAAUGCGUGCUUGCUUAGUGUUAGAUCUGGUAAUAAUACAUUUUUUUUUAUUUGAGCUCAACGACACAUAGGAUAGAGGGAUACCUGCUCAGAUUUUCAAGAGUAAGGUUUGAGGGGAUUUCCCAGAGUACGCACAUCACUUAAAUGCUACUUGUUGUUGUAACUUUUUUAACUCCGAGUGAUUUGUGAAUCACACAAAUAAGAUAGAAAUGAAGGAUAUAGAAAGAACAGCAAUGAAGUAGUCAAAAGCGAUAAAGGGUGUUCAUUUUUACGUUACAAAUCGUAUGGGAUUUGUUUAAUUUUUGUAACUCGCCAUAGGAUUUGUGUCUCUGCUGAAUAUAUUACCUAGAAGUGAUGUUUCGGUGCAGAUAGAAUCAAUGAAAUGCUUUAUAAUUUUACCUCUAAAAAGUUUGACAUUAUAAGAUAUGAAGGAAUCAAAAAUUGGAAAAUGGACACUUAUUUUGCAAACACGCAUUGUACACUUUUUUUUUUUUUUGUUUUUAGGAUACUCAAAUAGAAUUUCACAGUUUUUUUUUUAUACAAACGAUAAUCAUUGUCUGAGAUAAAUAACUGAUAGCAUCUCUUCGUAUAGUAUGUAAGCUUCGUCAAUAGCCCCUUUUUUAGUGGAAAAAUAUAAGUAUUUAUUAUUGUAGAACGGGAAACGCAAGAAUGGAUGUAAAAGCAAACUUUUUUUUUCGUGGGAUUGAAAUUCUACUUCCAAUUCAUUUGGUCUCAUGUAUCGAUGUCGUACGUAGCAAUACAUAAAUUAUAUACGAAAACUGAAUAAAUAAGAUUUUAGAUUGUAA